GCGACGGCGUCGCUUUUAAGGAAGCUCGAGGUGGCGCGGCCCCUUCUCCUGCGCAGGCGCAGUCGAGGCUGGCGAUAGGGAAGAGCCGAUGGCGAACAGCAAGGCCACCGACUCCAAGCGGGAGCAGUUCCGGCGCUACUUGGAGAAGUCGGGAGUGAUGGACACGCUCACCAAAGUCUUGGUCGCCUUGUACGAAGAGCCCGAGAAACCCAACUGCGCCCUCGACUUCCUGAAGCACCACCUGGGGGCGGCGUCAGCACCAGAGAACCCUGAAGUGGAAGCCCUGCGGCUGGAGGUAGCCGAGGCAAAAGAGAAGUACGAAGCAGUGUUGGAAGAGAACAGGAAGCUGAAGGCAAAGCUGACUCAGUAUGAACCACCACAGGAAGAAAAACGGGGAGAAUAAGGUUCUUUGCUUGUUACUUCAAUAAAACUUUUCAAAGCACACACCUC